CAGAAGAAAAUCUGAGAUCAAAUCAGAUAGAAUUAGGUUUGGUUGUUUUAUUAAUCAGGCAAAUAUUAUGUUUCUGAAAUUAAACAAGCAAAGGUUAGAUCAGAUCAGUUGGAAGAUAAUAUUUUUCGAAAUUAAAGAAAAUUAGAUGAUUAAUCAUAAUCAAUUGAAGACAAUCGAUGAUGUUUGAUAACUACUGAUGGUUUUUUUCUUGAUCGGCAAUAACUACUGAUGGUUUGGAUGCCCACUCUAAUAUUUUGGCUAUCAGUUUAUCAGCCUACCAAACGAUGAAUGAAUUACAGACUCACUCUCAUGGAUUAUGGAAACUUUUUGAUCAAAUAAAAAAUCUUGAUUCACAAAUCAGUAUGCACAGGAAACAUUGAUCGUUCAAAGUGUUAACAUCAUUAAAAUAUGAUGCGAAAGGGAAGUUUUAAUUUGGUAUUCAAAUCUUCAUCUCUGACUUGUUCCGUUAAUCUUUAUCACACAUUAAUUGUUUAGAAAAUGGAAAUUAGUUUCGUUUGUAACUAUAAUAAAUAAAUAAUUAAAUCAAGCGUCUAGCGGUUUCUGCCCAACCAGGAUGGUGCACAAAGUUGGACUCCGAACGUGAAAAAAUCAAUUUAAAAACAAUAUAUCUUUCACAGUUGAAAUAAUUCGAACAGUAUUUUAUUACCGAUAACUUUACUCUGGAGUCUGUUGUCUGUGCUGCUCUGCAUCUGGUAGAUCCAUUAUCAUCCAUCAUUCCACAAUGGAGAUCUUCAAUUCCUUAUCUAUCUCCAUAUUCAUCUUCUUCUUAAUCCUUGUCUACAAAUUACUUGUUAAACCAGCCAAAAACUUGCCACCAAGCCCACCAUCAUAUCCAAUCAUAGGUCAUAUCCACCUCCUCAAAAAACCCCUUCACAGAACUUUUCAUUCCCUCUCUAACAAAUUCGGUCCGAUCCUCUUCCUCCGACUUGGUUUCUGUCGUGUGCUUGUAAUCUCAUCUCCAUCUGCGGUGGAAGAAUGUUUCUCCAAAAACGAUAUCGUAUUUGCAAAUCGUCCUCAUUUCUUAAGUGGAAAACACUUUGGUUACAACUUCACAGCACUUGGUUGGGCUCCUUAUGGUCAACAUUGGCGCAAUCUACGACGGAUUUCUACUAUUGAACUAUUCUCUUCGAAUAGUGUUCAAUUUUCUUCCGGGAUUCGUAAGAAGGAAAUCGAGUCUGUUAUCAAGCAAUUGGUAGGAAGAUUUAAUGACGGUGAGGGGGGAUUUAUGAAGGUUGAAAUGAAAUCACUGUUCUUAGAGUUGGUUUUUAAUGUAAUGAUGAGAAUUGUAGCUGGGAAAAAGGUUAUAGAUUAUGGAAACGAUGAGAACCAGAAGAAGAUUGAAUUGGAUAAUUUGAGAGAGAUUUUUGUACCGAACAUGUCGAUGAAUUUGGUGGAUUUAUUUCCGGUUUUGAAGUGGAUAAAUUUUAUAAUUGGAUUUGACAAGAAAUUAGCAUAUGUACAUAGAAAAAGAGACGCAUAUUUGCAAAAUUUGGUUGUGGAACGUCGCAAGAAAAGAGAAAACGAUCUGAAUCUGAAUGAUGAAUGCGAGACGAAGAAGGUGUUCAUCGAUGUUCUCUUGAAACUGCAAGAAACUGAGCCUGAACAAUACCCUCAAGAUAUCGUCAAUGGACUCAUUGGGAUAUUUUUCACUGCUGGAACAGAUACAUCAGCACUUACAAUGGAAUGGGUGAUGUCGGCGCUGUUGAAACAUCCGGAUGCGUUAGAAAAAGUCACGGCCGAGAUUGACCUUCAUGUUGGAAAUCAUCGUCUUCUAGAUGAAAAUGAUCUUCGAAAGCUACCAUAUCUCCAUUCUGUAAUCAACGAGACAUUGCGACUAUAUCCGGUUGGUCCACUUUUAGUACCACAUGCGUCGUCGGAAGAGUGCACGGUAGGUGGGUAUAGAGUACCUCGUGGGACAGUUUUAUUGACCAACGUUUGGGCAAUACAUAGAGAUCCAAUGUUGUGGGAUGAGCCAUUGAAGUUCAAACCAGAGAGAUUCAUUGAUGCAUUAGAGAAAGACAAAGAUGGAAAGCUAUGGAGUUCUAGUUUUUUGCCAUUUGGGAUGGGAAGGAGAGGGUGCCCUGGGAAUUUGAUGGGAAUGCAAUUAGUGAGUUUGGUGUUGGGUAGAUUGAUUCAGUGUUUUGAAUGGGAAAGAUUUGGAAAUGAAGAAGUGGAUAUGAGUGAAGGGCCUGGUCUUACCAUGCCUAUAGCCAAGCCUUUGGUAGCUGUGUGUAAACCUCGUCAAGCCAUGAUGCAUUUUCUCACCAAAAAUUUAGUUGACCCAGGGAAUUAUUAACUUGAGAUUUGUAGACUUGUAGUUGUUCUUAUUCUGACAUGAUCCCCUGAAAUAUGAGACACCUUCAACAGAUUAUGUCUCUCAUUUUUCAUGAUGAACAAUAACAUUUGAAAAGUUGCUCGAAGUGGAAACCAAUACAUUAUUAUCUAUAUCAAGCGAGAACAAAAUAAAAUCCGGCAUUGUAUUCCAAUGUUGUUUAUAGAAUGCUUGC